AUGUCUGACGCCGGCCGCAAGGAUUUCACCACCAAGGCUAAGGAGGAGCUCACCCCCGACUCCACCAAGAGCACCCAGCAGAAGACCAAGGAGACCUUCACCGACACUGGUGACAAGCUCGCUCGUGGUCUCCAGACCGACGAGUCCAAGUCUACCGGCCAGGAGCUCGGCGACAAGGUCGGCCGCAGCCACGACCAGCACGCCCACGGUGGCACCGGCGAGAGCAUUCUCGACAAGGCAAAGAGCGCCAUCGGCAUGGACAAGAAAUAA